CAGAUUGUCAGAGGUGGGAAUUUGGGCCUUACCGCCGUGCGGUAAAUAAUAAUCCCUGGAGUUUCACUGAAGGCCGGGAGGAUGAUAUUGUGAGACUGAGACCGAUAGAAAUUUCUCAACAUUUAAAAUAGUGAAGACGGUGCCAAGGAAACCCCUGUCAGUGAAUGCUGUGACAUUUACUUGGGGAGGACUGGUUAAGUUGUAGAUCUGCAAGCGCGCGUCAUCUUCCGAGUGAGGCGCCCGCAAAAAUGUCGGCGGCGAUCGCGGCUCUGGCUUCUUACGGCAGCGGCAGUGGCAGCGACUCGGAUGGCGAGUGUGGAGAGGUCCCCAGCCGAGACGCCGUGGCUCAUCUGCACCCUCUGGAGCCUGAGAAAUCCAUGUCACGCCUUCACGGACCCCUCGCUUUGAACUCCGCGCCUGAGGUUGCUGUAAAGGAAGAUGUGGAAACAGGGGUUCAUCUUGAUCCAUUGCUGAAGGAAGUUAUGUUCAAUCCAUCAUAUGAAACUAUGUUUGCACCAGAGUUUGGUCCAGUGAACCCUUUCAGGACGCAGCAGAUGGCUGCUCCUAGAAAUAUGCUGUCUGGAUAUACUGAACCUGCCCACAUCAAUGAUUUCAUGUUUGAGCAACAGAGAAGAACCUUUCAUACCUAUGGUUAUGCAUUGGAUCCAACUGUAGACCACAGUGAAGGAACAGGAGGCGGUACGUAUAUUGGUAGUGUGGAAGAUGCCGAGAAGAAUCAAGGGCUUACAGUAUUUGAAUCUGGUAAAAAGAAAACCGAAAAACGAAAGAAAUUAAAAGAACCUGACCCAGCAAACAUUGAUGGUUUUCAGGGGCCUUGGGCAAAGUAUGUGGAUGAAAAGGAUGUGGCCAAACCUUCAGAGGAAGAACAAAAAGAACUUAAUGAGAUUAUAGCCAAACGACAAAAGAAAGGCAAACAAGAAGAUGAGAAACCUGCAGAAGAGAAAACAAUCCUACACCUCAAAGAUAUGUAUGACUACCAAGGAAGGUCGUAUCUUCACAUUCCUCAAGAUCUUGGAGUCAAUUUACGAUCUAAUCAACCACCUGAGAAAUGUUACCUUCCUAAGAAACAGCUGCAUGUAUGGACUGGACAUACAAAGGGCGUCAGUGCUAUUCGAUUGUUUCCAACAUCUGGUCACUUGCUUUUGUCCUGUUCCAUGGACUGUAAAAUAAAGCUUUGGGAAGUUUACAAUGACCGCAGAUGCAUUAGAACAUUUAUUGGCCAUAGUAAAGCUGUGCGAGAUGUAUGCUUUAACAAUGAUGGCACCCAGUUCCUUAGUGCUGCGUACGACCGAUACCUUAAACUCUGGGACACCGAGACGGGGAAAUGCACGGCUAAGUUUUCUAAUCGAAAAGUUCCAUACUGUGUGAAGUUCAAUCCUGAUGAAGACAAGCAGCAUCUCUUUGUGGCUGGUAUGUCAGAUAAGAAAAUUGUCCAGUGGGAUAUUCGAUCUGGAGAGAUUGUUCAGGAGUAUGAUAGACACCUAGGAGCUGUGAAUACCAUCACAUUUGUGGAUGAAAACAGGCGAUUUGUGAGCACUUCUGAUGACAAGAGCCUCAGAGUCUGGGAAUGGGACAUUCCUGUGGACUUCAAGUACAUUGCUGAACCAAGUAUGCACUCUAUGCCAGCCGUAACUUUGUCACCAAAUGGCAAGUGGCUGGCAUGUCAAUCAAUGGACAAUCAAAUUCUCAUCUUUGGAGCGCAAAACAGGUUUAGACUGAAUAAGAAAAAAAUCUUCAAGGGCCACAUGGUGGCAGGUUAUGCCUGUCAGGUGGAUUUUUCACCUGAUAUGAGGAUCCCCAACCAGAGAAAAUAUUUUACCUGUAACUACUGUGUCCAAGUGUUUUAUAGGUUUCAAUGA